CUAUUUUUCACACUAACUUUUUCUCACCAACUUUUUUCGCAGGGAAAUGAUUGCCUACAUUGCGAAUACUUUAAUAUUCAUCUUGAGCGGAGUUAUCAUAGCUCAAAGCAUCUUCAGUAUCAGAAAUUUCGACGACAAUACAGGGAGAUCUUGGGGCUAUAUCUUUCUUAUCUACAUCAUUCUUCAAGUAUCUCGAGCCAUCGUUGUUUUUGUGUUUUACCCUGCCCUUCGCUACUUUGGUUAUGGUUUGAAUUGGAAAGAAGCUACCAUUGUCAUAUGGUCUGGUUUGAGAGGAGCUGUUGGUUUGGCACUCUCCUUAUCUGUUAAAAGUGCUAGUGGCGAUCCAAAGUAUCUCAGUGCAGAAACUGGAGCUAUGUUUGUUUUCCUUACUGGUGGAAGUGUGUUACUGACACUCAUUAUCAAUGGAUCUACUGCACAAUUACUUCUAAGUCUCUUUGGUAUGGACGCUCUAUCAAAAAGUGAGGAAACCAUGGUCAAUUAUGCAAAACAUCAACUAUUGAGAAAGGCUGAAGAGUUUUCUAGAAUCUGUAGUGGACGCGAUAAUCCUUUCGAUUGGAUCACUGUUGGAGGUUAUGCCACAUGCAUAAAGGAUGUCUGUGAAGACACAAUUUGGCCUCCCUGUACCACCAACAAUAGCUAUCUAGAUAUAGAUGAUAUGAAGACUAUGAGAGUAUGCUUUCUGAAAGCUACUCGUGAGGCGUACUGGUCAACAUUCAAUGAGGGGAGGACAACUGAAUCCACUAUCAGUGUUUUGAUGGAAUCAGUGGAUGAGGCAAUUGAUCUGGCUACUCAGGGAUUGCAUGACUGGAAUUAUAUUUCUACUCGCCUCAAGUUUCCGGGAUAUUGUAAAUUUUUCACAAAUGUUUGUCCUCCGAGGCUAACAAGGUGGUUUGUGCUAAAGAAAUUACAGGAUAGUUGUCAUAUAUGCUCUGCAUUUAUCCAUGCUCACAGAAUCGCAAGACAGCUUCUUCUUGACUAUACUGGUGACAAUGGAAAUGCUGCAAUUGUUAUUGCUGAAAGUGAAGCCGAAGAACUAGAAGCAAGGAAGUUUCUAGAAUCUGUCAAGAAUUCAAUGCCUGAGAUCUUACAUCAAGCGGAAUCAAGGCAAGUUACAUUUUCAAUGCUGAAGUGUCUGGAUGAAUGUCUCAAUGAUAUGGAGAAAGAAGGGAUUUUAACUGAGAAAGUUGUGCUGCAUAUACAUGAUUUGCUUCAGAAUGACCUUGAAAAGCUCUCGAGAAGUCCUCCUUCAGUAAGAUUCCCAAAGCUAGGAGAUGUCAUAAGUAUCCAUCCUUUGUUUUUAAACCUUUCUCCUGCUAUUCGAUAUGAUCUGGAACGCUCCUCGAAGGUCAUAUUGAAGACACCAGGUUGUACACUCUACACGAAGGGUUCCAAGCUGACGAGUGUCUGGCUGAUAGGAAAUGGAUCAGUUACGUCGAAAAGGAGCCCGUUUCCUUUUCAUUGUCCUGUGGAUUCAACAUAUGCUCGAGGAAGUAUUUUAGGUCUAUAUGAGGCUCUUGUCGGAAAGCCAUAUUUGUGUGAUAUGGUGACAAAUUCUGUGGCUCUCUGCAUCAAAAUUAAGCUGGAGUCAAUCAUUUCACUACUGGCCCAGGGCAAUGGAGUGGAAGAAUUGUUAUGGAAGGAGUGCACCAUUGCUGUUGCUAAGCUCUUGGCGCCUGAUAUGUUCAAGAAAUUCUCAAUGCAAGAAGUAAGAGGUAUUGUUGAUGAAAGAUCGGUCAUGAAUACUUUCUCAAGUCAAGAAAUAAUAGAAACUUCUCAUCAUUCCAUCAACUUCCUGUUAAGCGGUUGCUUGAGAGAUCAAACUACCGAGCAACUAAUUGAAUGCCCAGCAAUAUUGCCAUGUUCCAUUUUGAAUGAAAGCGUCCCUUAUGCCCGUGCCAACGUAAUGGGUGAGAGUUCUGGAUCAUAUUCAAAGUACAAAGUUGUAAAAGAAGCAAGGAUAGUUCGUGUAGACAACAUUUCAGCAUAAGAAGUUGGCCAUCCAAAACUUUUGGAAGCGAAAAAUGGUAAGCCGAGGAGAUAACAUAAUGUUUAACAUUGAAUUACUUCGAUUAGUUGGUCGCAGCUUUUCAUUCUAGAGCGUACUUGGUGUCAUUCUAAGACCUUCACUUUUCGAUCAUGAAAAACUGUAAAUAUUACUACUUGGUUUCAUUUCCUUUCUGUGGCUAAGAAUGUAAGCCCGUUCUAUUUUUUGUGUCAGUGCAAUUUACGCUGCUUGAA